CGGAGCCGGUGCGGGAGCGGAGGCGCGCUGAGCCGGCAGGAGCACGCGGGAGCGCGGUCCCGCAGUGGCCCGGCCCGAAGGGAGCAGCGCGCAGGAGCGGAGCAGCGCUACGACCCCCGCCUUAGCGCGGACCCCGCCCCAGCGCAGACCCGGCUCCCAGCGCGGACCCUGGCCCUGGAGCGCGGCCUCGCCCGCCUCGCCCUCUCUGGCCACCCGGCCGCGGGCAUGGACGGCGCCCGCUCGCCCUAGAUGGACCGCGAUGGCGGCCGCCGAGACGCCCCCGGCGCGCUGAUGGAGGCCGGGCGCGGCGCGGGGCCGGCGGGCAUGGCGGAGCCGCGGGCUAGGGCGGCGCGGCCCGGGCCCCAGCGCUUCCUGCGGCGCAGCGUGGUAGAGUCGGACCAGGAGGAGCCGCCGGGCCUGGAGACCACCGAGGCACAGAGCGCACAGCCCCCGCAGCCCCUGCAGCGCCGGGUGCUUCUGCUCUGCAAGACGCGCCGCCUCAUCGCAGAGCGCGCCCGUGGCCGCCCUGCCGCCCCCGCGCCCGCCGCGCCUGCAGCGCCUCCGGGCGCCCCGGGAACCCCCUCGGACCCCGGCCCGGAGCCUGCGGGCGCCCGUGAGCCCAGCCCGGACCCUGCUGCUGCGGCAACCCCGCAGGUCCCCGACGGCGGCCCGCGGGAGGAGGACGGGGCAGCGGCGAGGCAGGAGGACGCUGGAGCCACCGAGGCGAAGCCCGAGCCCGGGCGCGCACGGAAGGAUGAACCGGAGGAGGAGGAGGACGACGAGGACGAUCUCAAGGCCGUGGCCACCUCUUUGGACGGCCGCUUUCUUAAGUUUGACAUCGAGCUGGGCCGGGGCUCCUUCAAGACAGUCUACAAGGGUCUGGACACSGAGACCUGGGUGGAGGUGGCCUGGUGCGAACUGCAGGACCGGAAGCUCACCAAGCUGGAGCGGCAGCGGUUCAAGGAGGAGGCGGAGAUGCUGAAGGGCCUGCAGCACCCCAACAUCGUGCGCUUCUAUGACUUCUGGGAGUCCAGCGCCAAGGGCAAGCGGUGCAUCGUGCUGGUGACGGAGCUGAUGACCUCAGGGACGCUGAAGACGUACCUGAAGCGGUUCAAGGUGAUGAAGCCCAAGGUGCUGCGCAGCUGGUGCCGGCAGAUCCUGAAGGGCCUGCUCUUCCUGCACACGAGGACACCACCCAUCAUCCACCGUGACCUCAAGUGUGAUAACAUCUUCAUCACUGGGCCAACUGGGUCUGUGAAGAUUGGUGACUUGGGCCUGGCCACCCUCAAAAGAGCAUCCUUUGCCAAAAGUGUGAUAGGCACGCCCGAGUUCAUGGCGCCCGAGAUGUACGAGGAACACUACGAUGAGUCUGUUGACGUCUAUGCCUUCGGGAUGUGCAUGUUGGAGAUGGCCACCUCGGAGUACCCCUACUCAGAGUGCCAGAAUGCUGCGCAGAUCUACCGCAAGGUCACCUGUGGCAUCAAGCCAGCCAGCUUUGAGAAAGUGCAUGAUCCUGAAAUCAAGGAGAUUAUUGGGGAGUGCAUCUGCAAGAACAAGGAGGAAAGGUACGAGAUCAAGGACCUGCUGAGCCACGCCUUCUUUGCAGAGGACACUGGUGUCAGAGUGGAACUGGCUGAGGAGGACCAUGGCAGGAAGUCCACCAUUGCCCUGCGGCUCUGGGUGGAAGACCCCAAGAAGCUGAAGGGCAAACCCAAGGACAAUGGUGCCAUAGAGUUCACCUUUGACCUGGAGAAGGAGACCCCCGAUGAAGUGGCUCAGGAAAUGAUCGAUUCUGGAUUCUUCCACGAGAGUGACGUGAAGAUUGUGGCCAAGUCCAUCCGAGAUCGCGUGGCACUGAUCCAGUGGCGUCGGGAGAGGAUCUGGCCUGCGCUGCAGUCCCAGGAGCCUAAGGACUCAGGCAGCCCUGAUAAGACCAGGGGUCCGCCGGCCCCCCUGCAGGUCCAAGUGACCUACCAUGCGCAGGCYGGGCAGCCUGGGCAGCAAGAGCCCGAGGAGCCUGAGGCUGACCAGCACCUCCUGCCUCCGACACUGCCUGCCAGCGCCACCUCUCUGGCCUCGGACAGCACCUUUGACAGCGGCCAGGGCUCCACGGUGUACUCAGACUCCCAGAGCAGCCAGCAGAGCAUGGUACUGGGCUCCCUGGUGGACGCUGCUCCACCCCUGGCCCCAUGCGUGUGCAGCCCCCCUGUGAGCGAGGGACCUGGCCUGCCGCACAGCCUGCCCUCGCUGGGGGCCUUCCAGCAGCCCACUGCCACGCCGGGCCUCUCCGUGGGCUCUGUCCCAGCCCCUGCCCACCCUCCACUCCUCCAGCAGCGUUUCCCAGAGCCUGCCAUGAGCUUCGCCCCUGUGCUGCCGCCACCCAGUGCCCCUGUGCCCGCAGGCCCAGGCCAGCCUGCACCCACCGCCCAGCAGCCUCCUCCAAUGGCCCAGCCAUCGGCCCUGCCACAGGUCCUGGCCCCACAGCCUAUGGGCACCAUGCAGCCGGUGCCCCCCCACCUGCCUCCGUACCUGGCUCCGACCUCCCAGGUGGUGGCCCCUGCUCAGCUGAAGCCCCUCCAGAUGCCUCAGCCACCCCUGCAGCCACUCGCUCAAGUCCCUCCACAGAUGCCUCCGAUGCCUGUGGUCCCCCCCAUCACGCCCCUGGCAGGAAUCGACAGCCUCCCUCAGGCCCUCACUGACCUGCCCACGGCUAACGUGGCUCCGGUGCCGGCCCCUCAGUAUUUCUCUCCCGCCGUGAUCUUGCCAAGCCUCACCGCGCCCCUCCCCACGUCCCCGGCCCUGCCCCUGCAGGCAGUCAAGCUACCCCAUCCCACCGCGGCGCCCCUGGCCGUGCCAUGCCAGACGAUCGUGCCAAACACGCCAGCCGCCAUCCCUCUGCUGGCUGUGGCCCCUCAGGGGGUGGCCGCCCUGUCCAUCCACCCCGCUGUGGCCCAGCUCCCGGCCCAGCUCCCCACCCCGCCCGUGUACCCGGCCACCUUCCCGCAGAUGGCCCCCGGAGACAUCCCGCCCUCCCCCCACCACACUGUGCAGAGCUUAAGGGCGACCCCGACCCCUCCGCAGCAGGCACCGCCAGCCCCCCCUCAGCCCCUCCAGCCUGGUGUUGUCCACCUGCCCGAGCAGGCUGCUCCAGUGCCUGCCUCAGGGAGCCAGGUCCUGCUGGGCCAUCCUCCUCCGUACACUGUGGAUGUGGCUGCUCCGGUCCCUGCUGUGCCCCUGCCACCUGUUGUCCUCUCCCCGCCUCUGCCAGACGUGCUGCCACCUGCCGCCGCCCCCGAGCUCCUGCCUAAGUUCCCUAGCUCUUUGGCCCCCACCGUGGUGGCAGCCGCUCAGGGUGUGCCCACCCCGAGCGCCGCACUCCUGCCGCCAGCAAACCCGCCCCUGCCCACUGCGCCUGUGAUUGCCGGCCCUUGCCCAGCCGUGCAGCUGACAGUGGAACCUGCCCAGGAGGAGCAGGCCUCCCAGGACAAGCCGCCUGGCCUCCCGCAGAGCUGUGAGAGCUAUGGAGGCUCUGAUGUCACUUCUGGAAAAGAGCUGAGUGACAGCUGUGAGGGCGCCUUUGGAGGGGGCAGGCUGGAGGGCAGGGCUGCCCGGAAACACCACCGCAGGUCCACGCGGGCUCGCUCCCGGCAGGAGAGGGCCAGCCGGCCCCGGCUUACCAUCCUGAAUGUGUGCAACACGGGGGACAAGAUGGUGGAGUGUCAGCUGGAGACACACAACCAUAAGAUGGUGACCUUCAAGUUUGACUUGGACGGGGACGCGCCUGAUGAGAUCGCCACGUACAUGGUGGAGCACGGCUUCAUCCUGCCUGCUGAGCGGGAGACGUUCAUCGAGCAGAUGAAGGAUGUCAUGGACAAGGCAGAGGACAUGCUCAGCGAGGACACAGAUGCUGACCGUGGCUCUGAUCCGGGGGCCAGCCCACCACACCUGGGCUCCUGUGGUCUGGCUGUGGGGGAGGAGAGUGGACAGUCCCAAGCAAAUGCCCCUGUGUAUCAGCAGAACGUCUUGCACACGGGGAAGAGGUGGUUUAUUAUCUGUCCAGUGGCUGAGCACCCAGCAGCUGAUGCCCCCGAAUCGUCACCCCCACUUCCUCUAAGCUCCCUGCAGCCAGAAGCCAGCCAAGACGCGGCACCCUUCACAGACCAGCGGACCUUGAAGGAAACAGCCAGCUCCCUGGCUGCUCAGCCGCUCCUGAGCCACCCCAGUGACCCUCCUGGAGGGGCACCGGCCCCCCUGGCCCCACCCUCCCCUCCUGUGACGACUGCACCUCAAGACACAGCAGCACCAGCCGCCAGCACCGCAUCAGAGCCAGCACCGGGGACUGCGGUUCAGGCAGGGCGUCCAGGGACCCCUCAGGAGCCAGCCAGUGAGCACGAGGCUCCCCAGCCACUGGCCAAGACUCACGAUGCCCAGCGUGCCGCCCAGCCCCUCAGCAUGGGCCGAGGACCUUGCGCCCCUGUUCUGGAGGCCUCCCGAAGUUCUGCAGGUCUGGGGGAGCCUGCCUCGGCCAGGGAGGUCAGCAUCCCCGCAGAGCCCAGCCCUCCCAGUGGGGGCCUGCAACCCGCCCCUGGUCAGCUGCCGCCUCAGCUCUCCACGGCAGUGGGAGCCAUCAGCCUGGCUGCCUCCCAGCUCCCCAGCCCACCACUGGGGCCCACUGCCCCUCCACAACCGCCCUCAGCCCUGGAGUCCGAUGGGGAAGGGCCACCCCCAAGGGUAGGCUUUGUGGACAGCACCAUCAAGAGUCUGGAUGAGAAACUGCGGACCCUGCUGUAUCAGGAGCACGUGCCCACCUCCUCCGCCUCCGCUGGGACUCCCAUGGAGUUGGAAAAGUCAGAAACAGCCCCUGCAGGAUGGGGCCCUGUGGAGCAGGAGCGGGAGCGGGAGCAGGGCGCAUCCUCACCAAUGACAGCAGAAUCCUCUUCCAGCAACACGUUGGGCUGUGACAGUGACGGAGGGCAGGUGGCCUCAGACUCACCUGCAGCACCCAGUGCCCCCCAGGGUGUCCCUGCUUCCGCAAGCCCCGCAUUCCUGGAGCCCACGGACCCGAAAGGCCGGGUCCCCAGGGAAGCCCCAGCAGAACCCCUGCAGAGCUCUCUGGAGACGGACACAGGAGGCAGCCGCCCCAGCCACCCGCCGAGCCAGGAGUCACCCCGGAAGCAGCCAGGACAGGACGGCAGCUCACCGGCCAAGACCGUGGGCCGCUUCUCGGUGGUCAGCACGCAGGAUGAGUGGACCCUGGCCUCCCCCCGCGGCACGAGGUACUCCGCCCCGCCCGACGUCUACCUGGACGAGGUCCCCUCCAGCCCUGAUGUGAAGCUGGCGGUGCGGCGGGUGCAGACGGCCUCCUCCAUCGAGGUCGGUGUAGGCGAGCCUGCGUCCAGUGACUCUGGGGACGAGUGCCCGCGGAGGAGGCCCCCGGUGCAGAAGCAGUCCUCCCUGCCCAGUGGCGGUGGUGUGGCCAGCGACUUAGUGAAGAAGGCCACUGCCUUCCUACACAGGUCCUCGCGGGCUGGUUCACUGGGCCCUGAGACUCCCAGCAGGGCGGGCGUGAAGGUCCCCACCAUCAGCGUCACCUCCUUCCACUCCCAGUCAUCCUACAUCAGCAGCGACAAUGACUCCGAGUUUGAGGACGCGGACAUAAAGAAGGAACUGCGCAGUCUCCGGGAGAAGCACCUGAAGGAGAUCUCGGAGCUGCAGAGCCAGCAGAAACAGGAGAUUGAGGCUCUGUACCGCCGCCUGGGCAAGCCACUUCCGCCCAACGUGGGCUUCUUCCAUACGGCGCCCCCGACUGGCCGCCGGAGGAAAACCAGCAAGAGCAAGCUGAAGGCGGGCAAGCUGCUGAACCCCUUAGUGCAGCAGCUCAAGGUCGUGGCCUCCAGCACAGGUCACUUGUCUGACUCCAGCAGAGACCCUCCCGCUAAGGACCCUGCCCACGCCAGCACAGCCCCGUGCGCGAAGGCAGUUCAGACCCAGCAGCCCUGCUCCGUCCGAGCCUCCUUGUCCACAGACAUCUGCUCCGGCUUAGCCAGUGACGGAGGCGGAGCGCGUGGCCAAGGCUGGACGGUUUACCACCCAACGUCUGAAAGAGGGGCCUAUAAGUCUAGUAGCAAGCCUCGUGCUCGAUUCCUCAGUGGACCCGUAUCUGUGUCCAUCUGGUCAGCCCUGAAGCGCCUCUGCCUAGGCAAAGAACACAGCAGUAGGUCCUCCACCAGCAGCCUGGCCCCAGGCCCCGAGCCGGGUCCCCAGUCCACCCUGCACGUCCAGGCGCAGGUCAACAACAGCAACAACAAGAAAGGCACCUUCACGGACGACCUGCACAAGCUGGUGGACCAGUGGACGACCAAGACGGUGGGGGCGGCACAGCUGAAGCCGACGCUCAACCAGCUGAAGCAGACGCAGAAGCUGCACGACAUGGAGGCCCCCGGCGAGGCACGGGCUAUGGCCACACCUCGAGCAGGAAUGGGGACGCCGUGUCUGGCCCCAGUGCCCGGCCCUCCGUGCACCACGGCCAUCCCUGGAGCCGCCCCGGUCUUGCCUGUGCCCACACCAGGUACUGCCCACUCCAGCCUUCCAGCCCCACCCUGUGCACUGCCUCUGGGUCAGUACGGAGGCCUGCUCCCCGCUCCAGUGUCCUGGGGGCCUUGGGCAGCCCAGAGGGGCCCGCCGGGGGCUUGGGGCAGCUGGGGCCCUGCCCAGGUGCCUGUGCUGCCAGUGUUUCUGGGGCCACCCGCUGUCGGCCCACCUGGCCCCUGGCUGCACAUCACUUAGCCCCUGCCCUGCCCCUGGCCAGGUGGAUUGCUCUGGACCCUGGAGGAAUCCUGUUGUGUUGUGGCCUCUGGGUGCCUCCACCACUGUGGGCACAGGCCCAGCCUCCAGGGGGCACUCGUGGGCGGCAGGACCCCCCCACCGCUUCAGACCCCAUUCGCUCUUAGGUCCCCACGGGCUGCACUCCCCCACCGUGUUCACACCCACACUGUCUGUCCCUGAGCUGAAGGUUAGAGAGCCGCCUUCGCCCUACAGAAGUGCAGUGCCUUGGAUUCCCGUCUUCCCUCCCC